CUGCGAUCAGCUGUUGUAGUGGAGAGCGUGGAAGGGUGACCGCGUGAGACAUCAAUUUCAUUUUAAUCUAAAGUAAAAGAACGAAUCACAAUUAUGGAUUACAACAACAGCACGUUCUUGUGAGUGUAUAAAAUUAGUGUUUUAGCAGCCACAAGUCUGCGCGCGAGACACUCGGAACGAUCGGGCCUUGAGGGUGGCCGAGCUCGAGUGCAGGGAGCACGGCUGAGAAUCCAGGCAAGAGGGAUGGUCACUGGUAAGAAGCGGCAUGGCCUUGCCGCAGCAGCGGCCACGACGCAGACGACAGAUCCCCUCGACCUGCUGGCUCUUCUCUCACACGAGAUCCUGUGCAAGAUAUUUGCGCACCUCUCCCUGCGCGAGGUGGUCUCCAUGCAGACGCUGUGCCGCAAGCUGAGGGAUGCUGCCACUCUCUUCCUGCGCGUCACGCCGUCAUUGGACCUGUGCGGGGGCCGGUGGUGGACGUACAUGCCUGCCGGAUUGACAGAUGGCCCUCUGUUGUCCCUUAUGUCUCACACGCCGGCAUUGGUGUGGUGUUACGGCCUGCACCCCUACAGUGUGAAUCCACGUCGGACGCGUGUGGGGGAUACUCUCAGCAUACCCGGGAUAACGCAGGCUCUGCAGGCCUGCCCUCGCCUUGCUGGCGUGGAGACCUCGCACCUCCAGGUUGCCGAGGCAAUCUGGAAGUAUCUGCCGCAUGUGGAGAUUUUGGGAAAAUUUCGGAACCGGAAUGGAGGUUUUCCAAUUCCAAGAGAAAACACGCUGUGCGUGCCAAGUGGCGCCAGGGUUCAAGCACUGCAUCUCGUGGGAGUGUCCAUACCAGAGCUGCCUUCAAUUCCCUCUCUGGUCUCCCUGCACCUCAAGUGGGUUCGCUUCACUAACCAGCAGCCCUUCAUAAACUUCCACUGCCCCAACCUCACUUCCUUCACGAUGAGCAACUGCGCAGGCCCCACCAGCUCCCCGCGCUACGUCGCGCUGGUAACGGCUCUCGCCGCCGCUCGCCGCCUCACUCACUUGGAGCUGGUCCGCGUGCCGUUUCCCGGCGGGAUUUUCCAGCACAACGUGGAGGACAACAUUCGUUCAGGCGCGUUCCGUGCAUUGGAGUGCAUCGUGUUUGGAGCCUGCAAGUACGCCCUGGAGAUUGACCUGGGGUACCUGGCCAUCGCCUCUGCACAGAGCCUGGAAGAGGUCAGGAUGCAGCCGUACUUGAGCAAGGACUGUGUGUUCACCGCCCUGAAGAUGGCCGCGAUGUCCUUCCCGCAGAUGGAGGAGCUCCACUUGGGCCACACAGAUGACUUUCAUAUGCAGACGUGGUAUACUCCCGACGAGCUGGUGGAACUGGGAUUGGCUGACGUGUCCGAGUCUCCGUGCACGCUCACCGACCUGGGAGUGAACAUGGCCGGAGAGGUGUUUCCCACCCUCAAGCACCUGAGCCUCUACAACUGCCCCCACCUCCAUUUGCCGCAGAGCUGGGUGACAAAUUUGGCUCCUUGGCGCAACUUGACGGAGCUGACGCUGACCAAGUGCCACGCAGUGCGAUUGGCCUCACUCGCCGGCCUCGUGGAGCGUCUGAGCAAUCUCAUGUACCUCACCCUCCAGGACAUGUUCAGAGAGCUACCCAGGGGCUGCGCUCGCGUCAACCUGAGCGCGGGCACAGGCAUCGACCUGCUCGCCAACAACAACAACCACCACGACAAUCGCGUGCCCGCUGAGCAACCGCCGCCACCGCCGCCGCACCAGCUGCCCAACUUCGCGGGAGCGGAGCACGUGAGGAACGUGGCGGCCGCUGCCGCCGCUGCCGCCCCUCCCCCUCGUAACGGCAGGGACGACGACGGUGGCGGCGUUGGCGGCGGUGGCGGGGACGCCGCUGACGAUGACGUGGCACCGCCGGCGGCAGGGGUGGCCGCAGCGCGCGGCGCCAACGACAACGAUGACGCCCUCUUCGCUUGGAACAUGGAGGUGGCCGUAGCGGCGGGGCAAGCUGACAACGCGCCGGCGCCUGCUGGCAGGAGGCACAUGGUCACCAGGAGGAUGGCACAGCAGUCCGGCCGUCUGUUCGCGGGUGCCUCGGGGAGAGGGCGAGAUGGGCGGGGUCUUGGUAGGAGCGCAGUCACGCCGGACUGCUCACAGGUGCUGAAGCUGCGAUCCUCUUCCCUGCUCGGGGUCACACUGUUGGCCUGCGGGCUGUCCGACCUGAGCUUUGUCAGCUGCCCUCGCUUGCAGUUCGUGCAAGCGUCGCGGUGCCCCGUGCUGUGCCGCGUGUCGCUGGGAGCCGCGAGCGAGAGCACGUCGCGCCUCGUCGUGUCCCGCUGCCGCCACAUGUCUCCCGUUGACCUGAUGGUCACAGCGCUGCGGCUCCCUGCCACCGCCGAUCGCUACCUGUGCUUCACCAUCCUGACUCACGUGCCCCUGAUCGAAAUCGAGAAGGAGGCGUUUGCGUGCAAGCGUGCCUCCUACCUGGUCGUGCUGCACACGUUCAGCGACAUUCCUGACGUACGCACAAAUACAUUUGUGUGCGAGCGCAUGGAGGCCCUGGCCAAGGCGCACAGGGAGCUGCUGCAGUCGCAGGGUUGGUCGAAACCUGCAAAUACGAAGCCUCUGCUGAAUUGUCCAAAGAGUGGAAAACGCAUCUUCCAAGGCAAAUUGGAGGGCGUAAACUACCGGCUAGCGACCGACUUUCCCUGGCUACAAUUUGUGAAGUUGGAAGAUGUCAACCCUAGCUGUGCCAUCCCAGAAGGCGUGCGUGAGAAAGUGCUGGGCAAGCUUCUGGGCCGGAUGCACUUCCCCAAACACAUGGUGGUGGCUGUCCUGCAGCACGGAGUCCCGGCUGAAGAUGACUGACGUCCUCAGAGGGAUGCGCGCUCAUCAAUGACGCUUGGGUUGAUGCGGAUAAAGCGCCCGCAACCAAAAUGAUGAGAUAUUUAUUUUAAAAAUGCAAUGUUUGUAACUUAAAUGUAUAAAAAAAACACGUACCUUGGCUUGCAUAACGUUUUCAAUUUUGUGGUUUCCAAUUUAUUGCUCGGAAAUAUACACAGCCCCCUAUACAUUUCCUCUUUUUUUUUAAUUUAAACCAAAAAUGUAACAAGAAAAUCUGACAUUUGCUGUUCAUGCAUUUUUGUGUGAAUUUUUUUUCUAUACUUGUGUUUUACAUUAUGCAUACUGUACAUAUUAUAAUAUAGCAUUUAUAUAGUCUUGUUUGUCAUGGGUUGAACCAACAAUCGCGUGAAAAUGUCCAUGCACUCAAAUAAUGGCGUAUCAACACGUUAAAUUUUGCCUGGAAUCGUAUAAAAUUGCACGCAUCUCUAUCGGUACGUGCAGGUGUGCUUGUGUAGAUAGUGUGGUUGUACAUCAGAUUUGUAUUUGUGAGAUUCUGCAUACGUGUACAUAUGCGUACAUAUGUUUAUGUAUGCAUGUGUAUUUGUGCAACUACGUAUGUAUAUGCAUGUACAUAUGCGUGCGAAUGUGUGUACAUACCGACACGUUCGCAUACACGUGCAUACGUCAAACGAGACCAGUAUGCGAAGCGGGGGAAGAGGGCAGGCAUACAUUCUCACAUUUGCGUGUGCACGCAGAAAUACAACGGGAGUCUAAAUACAACCGCGUCUCGACAUCGUAGGGACCACUGCAAAAGGAAGGUUACGAGAAAUGUCGCAUGAAAAGUUGCAUUUGAAAACACCGCGUAAAAGACGAGAAGACGGUCGGACGGUCGUAGCAGGGAAGAGAAAAGCUUUGACCGUGAACUUUAAUGGGCGAGGAUUCCGCACUACGGAUGACUGGGGAGGUAAUUUCAGGUGCUUGGAGCAGAGACGGGCUUCUAUUUGUUAAAAAGUGAUGGUAUUUUUUGUUUAUUUUUUUUCCCUCCCUGAAUGACUGCUCUACUAAAACUAGCCCAUUUUUGUAAUUAUUUCUUAAAAUGUAAUUUAUAUGCAAAUUUUUUUUGUCAAACUAUUUUUAAAGGACAAAAAGUAACAGUGCUGUUUUAUUGCGCACCCCAGCCAAAUCUCGCAUCACUGUGAUAACAAAUGGCAGGUGAUGGUUCCAAGCUCAGAGCACUGAGCUAGCACUGCUGUAGUCCAUAGUUCAAAUGCAACUUUCAGCUGUCCGUGAAUAAAGCUGGGUUCUUAAAUGUGAUUCGGUGGUAUCAGCUCAGCUAACCAAUAACAAAAACAAACCCCAAUUAAUUUUAGUUUUGUACUUAAUUGAUUUGGGAAAACUCUGACUGAGAAGUAUUAGUCUUGGUUUGAGUGUCAUGCGAUGGACUUUAUUUCACUGUAGCACGGUGGGUGUGAAUGUGGUGUGUGGAUUCGAGGCUGUGGCAAAAUUCUUAUAAGAUUCAUGAAACUGAGAAAAGUAAAAAACAGGUUUCAAGUUUAUUUUGUGUAACCAGAAGAGGCCGGGACGAGUCUCAUUUGCAAGAGUGACCUGGGUCACCACGUGACACAUUUUAUGAAAUUGGCUACGUUUUACAUAUUUUCCUCCAAAUUUGAGACUGCAGUGGUAAAACCCAGCAGAACAUGCAAUGUUGGGCCAACCUUGGCCUGUGGUUGGAGCCGUCGAAUCAAUGUUGGCAACAAACAUUACAUGUUUACUGGGAAGCCAGUAUUUUAAAUAUGGCUUUAAAUAUUUUUUUGUAUUAAAAAAAAUACUCGUCUUACAUUUUUUUCUCCCCCCCCCCUCUCCAUUAUGCAAUACAACUAGCAUUUAACCAUGAAAUUUCCAAAAGUUGGCUUUUAUUGCAUAUUGAUGCAAUGACCACAAUAAUUUUCUUUAAAAAAAUAAAGUACGCAUUGUG